CCGAGUGGAGUGGAGUGCGAGAUCGAAAAUCGAAGGCGUCAGGUGUCAGUCAGUGACGCGGAAUUACAAAUAUUUGUUCUUAUAAGAGAAUUGCUUUUAUAUAUGCGGAAUAUUUUUUUUAACUGAGAUUUUUAAAUCUGCUCUCUCUUUGAUUGGUUGCAUAUUUAAAUUUCCGUCACGCUCUCUCCACUCUCCAGCAUCGUUAUUAUCGUAAAUACGCGUCUACUUGAUAUCGAAUGUUUUUCGUGCAAUUUGAUAAAAGUAAACGAUAAUAAAAAACGGAUAGCCUAUCUGCGAAUGUUGAUUUGUGCAAUUGAAAAGGCAAUGAGCUAUCUUCGAAUGUUAUCUAUCCGAAUAUAAAAUAAUCGAGGCAUAUAAUUCGCAAAAUAGAAUGGAUUUAGUUUCAAAUGGUAAAGUUUUAGAAAAACUUUAUGCAUUUCUCAUAGACUUCUUUUCAACGAAACAUGAAUGGACUUGGGAUGAAAAACACUCGACAUCGUCGAUCAAAUUAUCGGAUGAUAAUUUAAAUGUUACAUUUCAUCCUGUAUAUAGCACUGGCACAGCAGUCGCGAAGGGUAACAAGCCACUGGAGAAAGGACGACAUCAUUUUUGGGAGAUUUUAAUGAUAACAAAAAUAUAUGGUACAGAUGUAAUGGUCGGUGUGGGAACUGCGAAUGCAGAACUCGAUAAUGCAGGUGAGAUUUUUUGCGCUCUGCUCGGACGAGAUCAAGAAUCUUGGGGUUUUUCACAUAAAGGAUAUUUACAGCAUAAUGGUAAAGAGUAUAAGUAUGGGACGACCUUUUGUCAAGGUAAUUUGGUGGGUGUACAUCUCGAUGCUUGGAGCGGUACGUUACAAUUUUUUCUCGAUCGAAAGCCACUAGGUAUUGCUUUUACAAGGCUGAACAAUGUUGCGCUUUACCCAUUAGUAAGCUGUACUAUGGCUAAAUGCGUAAUGAAAUUAACUUAUAGCUGCUCAACAGCAGUAUCUCUGCAAACUGCUUGCCUAGCAGUCUUGUCACCUUUCCAAAAAGCAUACCUAUCGAAAGCAUUUCCCGGUUUGCGUUAUCUUUCCGAAAAUAUAUUUGCUGAUAUACUACGAAAAUCUAUCGAUUAUGAUAAUGAAUAUGUCAUUUUAGACGAUUUUGAUUACGCCCUUGUAGGUAUUGGAGUAAAAAAGAAGAAACAUUAAUUAAAAAGUACUUAUAUUACAUGCAGGCCUGUGACAAAUAGCCAAUAUUGAUUUUUGCAGAAAAUACAAUAGCUUGUGCCCAUCCAGCUAAUGGGCCCCAUAAUCCUCGUAAAUAAUUACUGACUUCUGUGUGAAUUUUUGGCGUAACCGUCUUCUGUUUUCUCAAGUGUGGUAAAUAAUUUGCCUGUGCUAUUUGAAAGAUAUGGGUAUCGACAGGUAUGGCAUCUAAGUGACCCAAUGACAUUAGACAUAUACAAUCGGCAACUUUGGGACCGAUUCCUGGUAAAGUCAUCAGUUGUUCUCUAGCAGUCCGGUAAGAUACAUUAUUUUCUUUUUGUAGAUUUAGAAGCCAGUUUUUCCCGCCCAAUGUUGAUAAACGGUCCGCUGUAUUAACUAUGUAUGCAGCACGAUAACCAAAUUUUUCUCUUUUUAGUAUACUUUCUACGUUUUUUUCCUUCAAGGCUUCUAUUGUUGGAAAAUUGUAAUAUUCUCUAUUUUCAAUUGAGCAUAUUUUCUGACCAAAUAACGAACACAAUUUUUCAACCAUGUUCGAUAUCCUAAAACAAAUGUAUAUUUCUAGAGCCAGUAAUAUAAAUUUGUAUAUUAGCUCAUUAUGUAUAUUUAAAAAUAUAUACCUCGAUAUAUUAUUAUUAGAGCUACAUAUAAAUGAGAAUAAAGUCUCUACAACAUCUUGCUUUAAUAUUCGCACAGCAUUACUUUCAUCCAGACAUUUCUGGAAAUAUGUGUCUGUUUCCGCCCACUUUUUAUAAUGUUCCUUCAAUGAUAUUGAUAAUCUAAGAUAUUCAGACAGAAUGUUAUCAUAGUGCACACGAUUCUUUAAUUGUCCUUGUACGGUAUAUAAUAAAUGAGUAUCAUUUUGAGAUAAA